AUGCAGUCAGGGCGGCCACAAAUUCAUAAAAUGCAUGAAAACACGGUGACUGUUUUUAAAACUUUACUGGAAUGGUACAUAGACGACGCAUACGUUUCGCGAAAUGAAGUUGGUUUAAUUCAAAUUGACAAUCCACGUCAUUACAAAUCAAUAGAUGACCUUUACCUAGCAGCAAAGGUUUCAGCCUCCGUCUCUCCGUCUAGUGUCUCUACGAGUUCAAACGCUCUUCACCAAGAAGAUAUUGAAGCAUUCAAACUUAAAUGCCUUGACUUUUUUAUUGAAGGGGCAAAUCAGGUAGAAAAAAGACAUAAACAAAUGAUUGUGCAAAAGAGGACGGCAACAACAACUCCAACUGGUGCUAUACUUCCAGAACCCGAGAAAACGCCUUUUGGCCUUCUAGGAAGUUUUGCUGCUGCUUAG